GCCCCAAACCAACCAGACUGUGAACUAUUAUAUAUUCAAGACUGAGAUUGUCGAAGAAACUAGAGACAAUUUGGAGAACUUAGAGAAAUUGGUGUCGCUAUAAGAUUCAAGGCUAACUGAAGGCAUAGUUAGUGAGUAGAGUACUUGAUAAAGAAAACAAGCUUCGAAGCGACAGACGACAUAAAUAAACGCGGAAGUGAAGUUUACCAGCGAAUGUGUGUGGAAUGAAUCGUGGGAUUUGAAAAAUUGAGGUGUAUGGAAGACCAGAAUGGUUGCUUCGUUCUUGGUAACCAAGGAAUUUGAAAAUAUUGCGAGAAGUAAGGAUACUAAGAGUUGUUCCCAGAUUAUUGCUGUUACGGCCAGCAAACCAUGCUAGGGAAACGACAACUCUCAGUCUCCCUUGAAGCAAUUCACAUCUAUGUUCGAUUUAGAGAAUAUAUCACUUGUGAUUAGAAUAAGGAUAAGAAAGAAAGAAAAAGAGGAGGGACGUCCGCUCUUAAUCACUGUCUUUGACGUCGAUGUUAACCUCAUUUUCAGUUAGCAACGAUGCCUACGGUGCAUUGGCGUAYUGCAGGAACAGCCACUGUUAACCUGACAAUUCCGGAAAGACCCGAAGGACAUGUGGAAGCAUCUUCAAGAAACAUCAAAUUCCCAGGAUGCUUUAUAAAAAACGAUGMCAAUCUUCAAUAUUUCGUCAAGGAAUUCAUACGUGAUUCAGCCGACAGGAAUAGAUUAAAUCCGAGAAAUUCAAAAUACGUUUUCUAUAGUCCUGCAAGUGUUGGAUACUCUGGAGGAGUUGUGACCGAAGCUGUCAUCAGCUAUGAAAAGAUUUCAAGGAAGCUUGGCGUGGAUGAACAGAGCACAAGAACAUGUACAGUGAAUAACCCGUUGGUUGUUUCAUUUUAUGAGCAUUUCUUUUUGUUCUGUGAUUCUCAAAAGCUAAACGAAAGCAAGUUUAUGGAGAAUUACAGCAAGGAGGUUAGAAUUAAUCAAGCUCUAGAUACCAGCAAGAGGUUUUAUGGAUUAGGCAUGGACGAUGGCCAACUUCAGUUCAUUCCCUUCAACAUGAGCCAAGGUCAAUCACGGAAUAAUAUCUAUACCAUUAGUGAAACAAGCAUUUAUGAGAAACUGAAAAACGCUGGACCACUUCUCCUGGACGAUAACAAAACUUUAGUGGGGUAUUAUAGAAAAAGAACUGGCGGCAACUACAGAAUCGAGAUUGACAUAUUUGAGAAAAGUCAAGGUGACCCACCACAAGACACAUCACCCGGUCUUCAAGAAGGAGAACGAGCAYCACACUCACCACCACCCGUACGACCAGAGAGAGACAGAGCACCAAACCUACCACCACCCGGCUCUCAAGAAGGACACCCAGGACCAGUCCCCUCGCCAUUCGGCCAGCAAGAAGAACGAGCAUCAGACCUAACACCGCCUGCCGACAAUCAGCAAUUAGGUAUCAUUACAUAUUAACUAUUUUGUGUCUUGAUUUCAAUCGUUUCCAGAACCGCACCAUAGUUAGUGUAAU